GCUCUCUUCCGGGAUAAACGAAGCUCCAUCGUAAGAACAAAAAUGGAGAAACCAAAAUCCAGUUGCUCAACGCUUCAAUCAAUUGCAGUUUCUUUCUUCUUCUUCUUCUUUCAUCUGAAUGCUCAUGCUCAGAGUCUCCCACCUGCAAAAUUCGACGGAUUCGUGUACGGAAAUCACUCGGGGGACUUGAAUACCAUCCGUAUCGAAGCGUUUUACGAUCCGGUUUGCCCAGACAGCCGUGAUUCUUGGCCGCCUCUGAAAAAAGCUCUCGAUUAUUACGGCUCUCGUGUUCAUCUCGUCAUUCACCUGCUUCCUCUACCUUAUCAUGACAAUGCAUAUGCUGCAUCUCGCGCUUUACAUAUUGUAGAUUUGGUGAAUCCCUCUGCUACAUUCACAUUGUUGGAAGCAUUCUUCGGGCAACAGAAGCAGUUUUACAACGCUGAAACUCGCUACUUGUCAAGGGCUUCUGUUGUGGAUAACAUUGUGAAGUUUGGAGUGAAAGUACUGGGGGAGUCCUACAAAAACGCUCUAGUAGCUGGCUUUAAUGACAGGGACACGGAUCUUUUGACGCGUGUUUCUUUUAAGUUUAGCACCUCAAGAGGAGUCUAUGGAACACCUUUUUUCUUUAUAAAUGGAUUCCUAGCUCCUGAUCAAGGGUCUCCCUUAAAUUACACUGGAUGGAGAAAGUUGAUUGAUCCUUUGAUCAAGAAAAAGAAGAGAUCAUGGUCUCAGCAUCUCUCGCUAUAAAUCAUUCGGUCUACAAAAACACUUCAUCUCCGUGGCCACACAUCUUUAAUUACUAUAUAUAUAUAUAUCUAUAUGGUUUGCAGAUGGAAAACCUGUAAUCUUGGAAGGUAUACGCACUUUUCAUUUAUGUGAUAACCCAUUCUCCCGGAAGAAGGUAAGCCAUUCUAGAUUGGUUAUGCAAUAAAUGACUCUUCCCUGUGAAAUAUUCACUGCAUAUGUUGUGUUGUUGCUUUUCAAUGAUCUUCCCUGUUUGUAAGAAAAGAAAUACAUCUCACUGUCAUAGUUAUUUCAUAUGGGGCUUUCUUAUUCA